AUGCAAGGAUUCGUCAAUACAAUGAAUAUUGAUAAAUCUUUGCCACCGACGCCAACAAGCAACAAGUUUCCAAACCAAACGGAUGGUGGCCAUUAUUCAAAUUUCCCAGCAAAACUCAGUACUCACCGAGCAAAAUAUCCAGCUUCAAGCAUAUAUGAAGAUGACGACAUCCUCCUUGCGCCUCCGCAACCUCCAUUUGCAGCAGCACAUAACCGCAAUCCGUCUAAUGUCAGCUAUGCAACUGUUCAGAUCGGCCUUCGGUUGAGCAACCUCGAUUCCCCGGCAACACCAUAUGAGCUGGCUUCAUCCUCAUCAGUACUGAGUCCAGGGAAUUUGUGCGCGUCUCAAGCUUCUUGGGCUCAAGAUGCCAUGUGCAACGUAUCAACCACCUCGUUAGAUGUCCCUGUUGCUUUUUCAUCGCCAGCGAUGAAAACGCCUAUCUUCCCACCUUCCAGACUACGAUCAAGUACAAUGCCAGCUUCCUCAACGAACACGAUACCUAUUGGAAUUGGCACUACUCAAAAGUAUAGUUCACCGUCCUCCUCACCAGCAGUGUACAAAAACUUGGACGACCUCCAAAGGCUGUUAGAUAUGGACCUAAAAGUUGCCCAGCAAGCAGCAGCAACCUUUCAAAACAGGCCGUGGCCACUUCAACCUAUCAUUUUACCGAAGACAUACUAUCCUGACAAGAACGAGCAAGGUUGA